AUGACCCCAAACCUCGGCCGUCGCAGCAGGGACACCGAAGAAACCUCCGAGCCAUCGAAACGCCAACGCAGGAAGUUCACAGCAUGUCGACGAUGUCAUGGGCACAAGAUCAAAUGUUCCGGAGGCGAGCCGUGUAGUAAAUGCGUGCUGGUUGGUCGUGGCGAGGAAUGCCACUACGAGCCUCGAGAUCGUCAGGUGAAAGUUAGUGAGAGCUACCUGGGAUACAUCCUAUCAGAAAACCAACGCCUAAAAGAGCGUUCGGGGACUUCGGUCAACACCACCGAACUACCCCGGCCACCCGCAACGGCAACAACAGCAACAGACACAACAGAAGAGUCAAACGAGCCCAACACAAGCAGCAGCGCACAAAACCCUCUAAUUGGAGACCGCGCCUGGUUCCAUCCAUACGACCCAUCUGCACCACCAAUCUUCAUCGGCGAGGCAGCCUGCACGGCAUUCGCGACUCGUUUCCGCCGCUUCUUGACUGGUAGCAAUGCGACUGCGCAUAUCCCGCGAACGCAGUAUGUCAAGGAAGCCAACAUCGCGGCGGCGAAUGAAGUCAACGUACAAUGGCCUAGUCGACAACAAGCUCGACUGCUGGUGAAGAUUGCGCUGCAUCAGAUUGGACAUAUCUAUCAUCUGGUGCUGCGCAAGUCGACGCUGGAGAAGCUGGAGGACAUCUAUCAAACAGGGGAUUUCGGGUGUACUGUUAACCAGUGCAAGUACUUUGCGCUGUUUGCGUUUGGAGAGGCGUAUUCGUUACGGACAGAGCCGUCGUCGGGAUGUAGGGUGCCGGGGACGUCAUAUUUCGCGCGUGCCCUGAGUUUGGUGCAAGUGUUGCCGGAGAGGACGAGCAUUACACAUUUAGAGACCUUACUGCUAUUGUCACUAUUCUCUUACUACCUCAACCGCCGCCACUCAGCCUACGUCCUAAUUGGCAGCGCAAUGCGACUAAGCCUCUGCAUAGGUUUGAACCACAACAUCCCUGAGUCCCAAGUAAUUGACCCUGUUGAGCGCCAACACCGCGUUCGAAUCUGGUGGACCAUCUACAUCUUUGAUCGAAUGUGGGGAUCCAAAAUGGGCCUGCCAUCACAGAUCCUCGACGAUGACAUCCACCUCGACAUGCCGUCGAACAUUGAACCACGGCAGCUGCACGAGGAGCAAUUUUCAGACACGGACUAUUUGACGGCGAAUGUGAAGUUGGCAAAAAUUGUGGGGGAGACAAUUUCGAAACUGUACAGUCGGAGGAAGUACACGGAGACGUUUUUACAGAGGGUGCAGAAAUUGCUGAAAGCAUUAAAAAGCUGGGUUGAAACAUUGCCAGAUCACAUAAGGUUGAACCAAGAGGAUCCAGAGGCAAAUAAGAAGCCUAUCACCUCUCUACACCUUGCAUUCAACCAGUGUGUAAUCCUAACAACCCGCCCAACUCUCCUCCACCUCCUCAUCAAACUCAGCGAAAACGACUCCCCCUCCUCCCUCCCCCAACCCGUCCUAACCCUCUCCGAAGCCUGCAUCCACGCAGCCCGCCACUCCCACUCCCUAAUCCUCACAAAAUACUUCAACGGCACCCUCCCCGUCUUUGGCUACUUCCACGCCCACUACCUCUUCUCCUCAGCCCUCGCAUUGGCCAUGUCCUCUUUCGUCCCCGUGGGUAACCCCAGCGACAUGGGCGGUUUCGAGACCGCGCUGGAAGUAUUAGGGUCGAUGAGCGAGAAUGGGAAUCUCGCGGCGGCGGACUUUUGGCAGAAUCUCGAGCAGGUUAAAUCCUGUCUUGAGGGGUAUUGGGGGGAGAGGGAGAGGAGGAGACGAGGAGGAGGGAGGGGGAUGGGGAAUGUGAAUGCGAUGGCGGCGAUUGGACCGGGGGAUGUUUCGGCUGCGUCGGUGCAGUCACCUGGCUCUAUCGGGACUGGUAAUUUGACUGCGAUGGGACAGGAGGCUGUUGGGACUAUGCAGAGUGGUGGGACUAAUACGGAUAUGAUGGUUGCUUCUUAUCCAACCAUUCAAAGCAAUGGGAUACCCCUCCACGACGCAUCAGGCGGCUUCACGACAGAAAUGGCCUUCCUCGAACCAACGAUGCAAGACUUUCUCGCACAAUCCGACUUCGACCUUGGAUUGUUAAAUCCCGUGGAUACAUUCCUGAACGACGCAGAGAGUCUAUACACGUGCCAUGGAUUAUAA